AUGACGUUCCCAUUGAAGAGAGUGAGGCGGAGGGGAAAAAAAGCAACAUGUGAUGGAGGUGGAGGCGGUGCGGGAAGAGAUGUCAUUGAAGGUAUAAUUCGUCUAGCUGCUGAUGCAUUUGAGGAGAGAGCUUUAGGGAUGUAUGAGGGAUUUAUUGUCAGUGUGAAAGAGCAUAUAGAAAACCUACUAGAAAUCCAGAAAAGGGAGUUGCUUGAUAAGAUGCGUCAAAUUGGUAAACCAGGCGGCUGUGAGAGAUGGAAAAUGGUGAAAGAGGGUAAUGUGCGAUAUCUAGAGGCGGUUUUAUGUAAGAAAAGUAUACCCCUAGUUGGAGAACCAACUAGCAAAGGUGCUUCCUCUGACAACAACAAUGGAGGACAAAAACCGGUGGGAAGCCAUGACCUAAAUCUGGAAAAAAUGCAGAGGUCAGAGAUAUAUCCCAAUUUAGGACAUUCGCUCAGUUAA